AUGGCUACAACCGACGAAAGCAUCCGAAAGACAAGCUACACUCCCAAACAUGUAACCAUUCCCGACUCAUUCCUCACCACCACGCCGCCCGACGCCAAACCAAUAAUCGUGACCCCGAUCGAUUUCGCCGCCGCCUCAUUGCCCCAAUACAAAGACUACUACGCCGUCGUUCUCGACAACGUCCUCAGCCCGUCAGAAUGCGCCCAGCUGCUGUCGCUCGCAGAGCAGAGCGUCAAGGAACCAGACCCAGAAACCGGCGAUCCGUGGACGCCUGCCCUAGUCAGUUAUGGAGUGGGCCUCGAGGCGCUGGUCACGGAGUACCGCAACUCGCACCGGAUCAUCUGGGAUAAUGACGAGGUUGCGCGCCGGCUGCUGGAGCGAUGCUUCGAGGCGGAGGGGAUGAGGGAGCGGUUGAGUGUCAUUGCUGGAGAGCGGUGUCGAGGGGUCCUGGGCCGGUUGGGCGUGGAGCGGGGCCGGCGGUGGAAGAUUGUGAAGCUGAACGAACGGCUGCGGUUUCUGCGGUAUACCAGGGGGCAAUUCUUCAAAGAGCCGGGCGACGACUACGACGACUUUUGA